AUGAUCCAGGGCUUGUAUCUCUGUUUCUCAAGAAGCAGAAGCGAGAACCCAGUGRUGGACAACCACUCCAGCGCCACCGAAUUCUGCCUCCGAGGCUUUCCUGGGUCCCAAGAUCAGCGCAGCACUCUUUUUGCUCUCUUCUUUUUCUUCUACUUGGUGACACUAAUGGGAAACAUGGUCAUCAUCACCAUUGKGUGUGUUGACAGACGUCUCCAGUCCCCCAUGUAUUUCUUCCUCGCUCACCUCUCUGUCCUGGAGAUCCUGAUCACAACCAUAAUUGUUCCUGUGAUGCUUUGGGGAUUGCUGCUCCCUGGGACRCAGACAAUAUCUCUGACUGGAUGUGUUGUCCAACUCUUCCUGUACCUUGCCGUGGGGACCACAGAGUUCACACUGCUUGGAGSGAUGGCUGUGGACCGUUACGUGGCUGUGUGUGACCCUUUGAGGUACAACAUCAUCAUGACCAGCCGCACCUGCAACUCUGUGGUAAUUGUGUCUUGGCUCUUUGGGUUCCUUUCUGAAAUCUGGCCAGUUUAUGCCACAUUCCAGUUUAGUUUCUGCAAAUCAAAUCUCCUAGAUCAUUUUUACUGUGACAGAGGACAAUUGCUCAAAYUGUCCUGUGAUGAUACUCUUUUCACGGAGUUUAUUCUUUUUCUGAUGGCUGUUUUCAUCAUCAUUGGUUCUUUGACCCCUACAAUUGUCUCCUACAGCUACAUCAUCUCCACCAUCCUCAAGAUCCCCUCGGCCUCAGGCCGGAGGAAAGCCUUCUCCACCUGUGCCUCCCACUUCACUUUCGUCGUGAUUGGCUAUGGCAGCUGCUUGUUCCUCUAUGUGAAACCCAAGCAAACGCAGGCGGCUGAGUACAACAGGGUAGCAUCACUGCUGGUGUYWGUGGUGACCCCUUUCCUGAACCCUUUCAUCUUCACUCUCCGCAAUGACAAAGUCAAAGAGGCUCUUGGGGAUGGAGUGAAACGCUGCUGUCAUCUCCUCAAAGAUUAG